UUUACGAUUCAUACUUCAAAAGAAAACAUAAACGAAAAUUUAAAAUUUUAUUUUAAAUAAAUAUUUUUUGGCUAAAACAUGUUCAGAAAUGUUUAGAAAAAUAUCAUAGAUAAAUUUUAUAUGAAAUUUUGGAAGCGUUAAAAAUGAUAGCGGGCCUCCGGAUCGUAAAUACGGCGCCCAUGCGAAUACAUUUAAAAAGAAAUAUUACUGGAUGUAUAAAAAAGAAAUGCUGGAACCCGCAAGUCAGUCGGCGGUCAUUAAGCACGGAUGCAAGUAAAAAUAGCGAAUGCCAAGGAGGCGCCGCUGGAACGGACAAGAAGCUUCCAAAACAAUACAAAUUCAUUUCCAUUGGACAUAUUUUGCUGGAUCACACGGCUGUGGUGUCUAACAGUGAAAUUGGCGUACUCAAAAAGUAUAACGUUGUGGAAAAUACCAAAGGGGUACUUGACGUCAAGACUUUGAGAGCAUUGAAAAAGGAAAUUUGCAAGAGCGGUAAAUGUGUGGAAAAUCCGGGUGGCUCAGCGCUCAAUACGGUCCGGAUACUAACCCAUUUCGGCAACAAUGCGCUCUUUAUUGGUCUGGUUGGCGACGAUGAAGCUGGAAAUAAGUUGAGAAAGUACUUUAAAGAGAACAACAUUGAUGUACGUCUAUUCACGCACAAGGAGUUGCCGACCGGAGAGUGUGUAUCGAUCUUAAAUAAGGAAGCUCGCACCGAAACGCUUUACGCAAACAUUGGCGCCUCGGAGAGCGUUCGUGUGGAGCAUAUGCAACAAGCCGAGAAGGAGUUACAGUUUCUGCGCCCCACCGAACGCAAACAACUCAUCUAUGUGGAGGGGUUCAUCAUACCGGGACGGAAAAAAUUGUGCGACUUCAUUGUUAAGAACUAUGUGAGCGGUCGACGCUGGUUGGCGCUGAACUUGAGUGCCGAAUUUAUUGUACGUGAAAAUUUCGAGGAGGUUAUGGCAUACGCAUGCGCUGCGUACUUUGUAUUCGGUAAUGGCGACGAAUUUUGUGCACUGGCAGAUAGAAUGGGUUUCGGUGGUGACUCGGAGAAGGCGAUCCAAACGAUAUUUAAGUAUAAUUGCGGUCCGCGCAUUUUAGUUAUUACUAAUGACAAGGAUAGCAUACUACUUGUCAGCAAUGUGGAGUAUGGUUCGGCUAAGCCAGGUAAAAUCUUUUAUCGCGAAUGUAAAGUAGAUACUAUUCAUGAUGUUGUCGAUACGACUGGUGCGGGUGAUUCAUUCGUCGCCGGCUUCUUACAUGCCUUUCUGAAUAACUACAAACUAAAGGAUUGUGUGGCUGUUGGAUCCGCCGUGGCGUCUAAGGUGAUUACAACAAUCGGUUGCAAUCUGCCCAAAGAUUUUAAUGUUAAUGAACUGACUGAUAAAAUGACAAAAAUGAAAUGAAGACCACGCCCGUGAUUCAAUAAAGAAAUUAGACGCUUUUCAUAUAAAUAUA